AUGAUUACCAGUAGAAACUUGCAGAAAUAUCAGCAGCUUGCAGUCGCUUUAAGUGAGGUGUUUGGAGACAAUGGUGCCAAAACCUCGACGAGCCCGCAGCCGAGCUCCCGCAACCCCAGCCUCGACGAGCCCGCAGCCGAGCUCCCGCAACCCCAGCCUCGACGUCCCCGCAGCCGAGCUCCCGCAACCCCAGCCUCGACGAGCCCGCAGCCGAGCUCCCGCCACCCCAGCCUCGACGAGCCCGCAGCCGAGCUCCCGCAACCCCAGCCUCGACGAGCCCGCAGCCGAGCUCCCGCAACCCCAGCCUCGACGAGCCUGCAGCCGAGCUCCCGCAACCCCAGCCUCGACGACCCCGCAGCCGAGCUCCCGCAACCCCAGCCUCGACGAGCCCGCAGCCGAGCUCCCGCAACCCCAGCCUCGACGAGCCCGCAGCCGAGCUCCCGCAACCCCAGCCUCGACGAGCCCGCAGCCGAGCUCCCGCCACCCCAGCCUCGACGAGCCCGCAGCCGUGCUUCCGCAACCGCAGCCGAGCUCCCACAACCCCAGCCUCGACGACCCCGCAGCCAAGCUUCGAGGACCCAGGACCCCAGCCACGUCCUGUCCUGA